AUGUCAUCACCAUCUUUCCAGCCUUUGCAUCAAAAUUCGAACGUGAACACAAACGGACUUCACAGAUCGAUGUUCAAGAAACCGCAGGCCGCUGAGCUGAAAAGCAAAAGUAAAUUUGCGUCACCUACAGACGAACUUUUGUCACCUUGUUCUCAAAAAUUGAACGAUCAUAAAUCGAAGCUGUUUUCCUCGAAAGCCAAUCCAACCAAAUUGAAUUUUGCCAGUCAGAGGGACGACGACGAUGACGAGGAUUGA